AAAUUAAUAAACAAACAGCGGUCUUUCUUUCUAUUUUAAGCAUGUACAUAGAUAAAUUAAAAAUAACCAUUUUAGAGAUAUUUCAACAUUCAAAAGUACAAAUAGUGACACAACGAACAGUGUCAUUUAACUAGUUCGACAGGAAAGUCAGUGAAAGUCGGGCUUCUGGCGGUGGUGCUGAUAUUGAACCGCCUACGUCAGCAACGAGAUUACGCUCAACGCCACAGUCUCUUACGUCAUUUGAGCUUCCUACACGCCAUACGUUGAAAUAGAUAACAUUUAUCUUCACCAAAUAACCGCGAUGAGCGGCGCAGAGCAGAGUGGCGCCUCCGCCCCCGCUACCGCCUCCGCCCCCGCCGCCGCCACCUCGCCCACCGGCAGCUGCAGCAGUGGCGGCAGUAGCAGCCGCAUACCCGUGGCGCGAGCCAUGCGCCGCAGCCACUCUAUGCGGCUGCGCGGCGAGCAGCAGCGCGCCUGCUUCCCCAUAGCGGAGACCGAGGCGCCCGUCAGGAACCGCAGCAUGUCGGUGAGCGCGACCAGCACGCCGCGCCUGUCGCGCCGCAACCCGCCGGGCGACCGUCGGGCCAAUACCAGCGGCGCCGGCGACGAAUCGGAGGACGACGCGGACUCUGUGCGCAGCUUCGGCAGCGCCUGCUCCUCCAUGUCGUGCGACCACGCCUACUUCGCGCGCAACGGCACCACGUUUUCCGGCCGGCGCAUGCGCUACGUCGUCCACUGCUCGCCGCACACCGACGACACCGAGGAGUACCUCACGCCCACGCAGCGGGCGUCUCGGCAAAUACGCCGUCUCAAGGCGCUGCUGAACGAGACGAGGAAGGACCUGGAGAGCAAGGACCGCGACAUUCUGCGCCUGACGAAGGAGGUGGUGGAGCUGCGGCUGUUCAAGGCGUCGCUGCAGGCGGCCGAGGACGUGGCGAGCGGCGCGCCGCCCCCGCGCGGCGCCGACAGCAGCGACGACGAGCCCGACGCCGCCAACACGGCGUCCGCGUCGGCGUCGCCCGCGCUGCCCACCGGCGCCGCCUGCGGGGACGCCGAGGGGGGUGCGGACAAGGCGGAGCUGCCCGGCUCGCUGGCCGACUCGGGCCACUUCGAGGACGUGGGCUCGUCGUCCGGCUUCUCGCUGGGCCGCUCGCCCGCCAAGCUGGACGACCGCGAGGGCGAGCGAACGCGCAUCGUCAACAUGUACGAGCGCCGCCUGGCCGAGCUGCGGCGCGCGCACGUGGACGACGUGCAGGACAUGAAGCAGCGGCACAACGACAAGGUGGAGGACCUGCUGCAGCGCCUCUCCGACACCAACUCCAGGUAUUGUGAACUACGAACUGAAUAUGAUAAAGCACAGGAUAAGAUCAGAGAACUGGAGAGGGAAACAGAGAGCCUGCGCAAAAGCAUGGAGGAGCAUGAAGAGAGGAAUAAAAAUAUGUAUUUGAAAAUGUACAUGAAGGGACAAGAGGCUGCCAAGUUUGAACAUGCAGAUCAGGUACUGGAGUUUGCACAUAAGGCACCAAAUAGGGUGUCAGUUCCAGAAUUAUUAAAACAGUUGCAGACAACAGAAAAUGAGUUGGAGCAUAUCAAGGCUUUGUAUCGACGCCUUGUGGAGGCACAUGCAAGUAAAGGUGAAAUGGAUCCAGCAAUGACUCUUCAGUUUUUGAAGUCUGCUGUCUACUACUUCCUCACUGACAGGGAAAAUCAUCAAGGUCAUCUUAAUGCGAUUAAAAGCAUUUUAGGUUAUACUGAGUCAGAAAAAAGUAAUAUCGAGAGAGCUUAUAAAGCUUAUUUGAGGAAAUAAGACUUAUUUAAACAAGUUGUGUACUGUAGUAAUUAUUUUGGAAUGAAUCUGUAUAUUUUGCUUUGGUUGUUCUUCAGAAAGAAGUGUAUAUAUAGGAGAAACUUUUUAGAUCUACAUGUAUCCUGUGCAAAAUGCAUCAAAUGAUAUGAAUAAUAUAUUACAAUAAAAUGUUUUAGUAUAAUUCA